UCUUUUCCAGUAGUGCAGAGGCGGGAUGGCGCGGUGCCCUAGGGUCCAGGAGGGAAGGGCGCCAAGCUCAGAGCCAGAUCUGAUGACUGGCCUGGGAGAGCCGGACCCUGGGAGCGACCAGGUCGCCGGCGAGUCGUAGGCAUCUUUAGAAGGACUGGCGUAGGCCGGAACGCAGCGCGGCGGGCUCCGAGCACCCCCGACCUCUAUUGGCUCACCGGCGGGUGGGGGCUGCUCCGCGCUGCUCGCCAGGUCCCCCUGCCCGCCAGUGGUUCGCUCCGAACACCCCUCAUUGGUGCGGCGGGUGCGGAAUCCCGCCCCGCUUCCGGUUGUUGCAGGGCCCUACAUCCGGUGUCCGCCCGCCCUCGGCUGCGCUGCCGCUGCCGCCGCCGUCACAAUGCUGUCCCGGUCCCGCUGCGUGUCCCGGGCGUUCAGCCGUUCGCUCUUCGCUUUCCAUAAGGGGAACUGCCCUCUAGGGAGACGUUCCCUGCCUGGGGUCUCCUUAUGUCAGGGACCAGGUUACCCUGACAACAGGAAGAUUGUCAUUAACAGCUGUAGUGUGUUCAACGUUCGCUUCUUCAGAACUACAGUCCUGUGUAAGGAUGACGUGAUCACAGUAAAAACCCCAGCGUUUGCAGAGUCUGUUACAGAGGGGGAUGUCAGGUGGGAGAAAGCUGUUGGAGACACAGUUGCAGAAGAUGAAGUAAUUUGUGAGAUUGAAACUGACAAGACAUCUGUGCAGGUUCCAUCACCAGCAAAUGGCGUGAUUGAAGCUCUUUUGGUACCUGAUGGGGGAAAAGUAGAAGGAGGCACUCCUCUUUUCACACUCAGGAAAACUGGCGCUGCUCCAGUGAAGGCCAAGCUGGCUGAAGCUCCUGCUGCUGCAGUCCCUAAAGCAGAGCCUACAACAAGAGCAGCUCCUCCCCCUGCAGCAUCCAUACCCACUCAGAUGCCACCAGUGCCCUCACCUACACAGCCUCCCGUUAGCAAACCAGUGUCUGCGGUAAAACCCAGUGCCGCCCCUCCAGUAGCUGAGCCAGGAGCUGGCAAAGGACUGCGUUCAGAGCAUCGGGAGAAAAUGAACAGGAUGCGGCAGCGAAUUGCUCAGCGUUUGAAGGAGGCCCAGAAUACAUGUGCAAUGCUGACUACCUUCAAUGAGAUUGACAUGAGUAACAUCCAGGAGAUGAGGGCUCGGCACAAAGAUGCUUUUCUGAAGAAACAUAACCUCAAACUAGGCUUCAUGUCGGCAUUUGUGAAGGCCUCAGCCUUUGCUUUACAGGAGCAGCCUGUUGUAAAUGCAGUGAUUGACGAUACAACCAAAGAGGUGGUGUAUAGGGAUUAUAUCGACAUCAGCGUUGCGGUGGCCACCCCACGGGGACUGGUGGUUCCCGUCAUCAGGAACGUGGAAGCUAUGAAUUUUGCAGAUAUUGAGCGAACCAUCAGUGAAUUGGGAGAAAAGGCCCGGAAGAAUGAACUUGCCAUUGAAGAUAUGGAUGGUGGUACUUUCACCAUUAGCAACGGAGGUGUUUUUGGCUCACUCUUUGGAACACCCAUUAUCAACCCCCCUCAGUCUGCCAUCCUGGGCAUGCAUGCCAUCUUUGACAGGCCAGUGGCUGUGGGAGGCCAGGUGGAAGUGCGGCCCAUGAUGUUUGUGGCACUGACGUAUGAUCACCGACUGAUCGAUGGCAGAGAGGCUGUGACUUUUCUCCGCAAAAUCAAGGCAGCGGUAGAGGAUCCCAGAGUCCUCCUACUGGACCUUUAGAAGGAAGCCACACGCCCUACACAUCCACCAUGCAGGAACUGAAAACCAGUCCUCUCCCUGUCCCCUCAUGGGUCCCGGGUUAGCCUGGUGACCGACAGGCACAUGCUGUUGGCCUCAAGGAAGGAAGCCAGGGCACGAUGUAACCAGCAGUCGCAGGUCUUUUCUUGGUGUUCCUGCCGGGCUCUCUCCCUCUCUGUACUGUUCUCUUACACCCAGAGCUAUUAUAUCCUUAGACUUGAGAGAGAGAGAGAGAUCCUUAAGGGACGCACAUUAAUAUUCCUGCCUUUCUCCUAUUAGCCCUCCACAGAGAUGAUUAAGCUUCUCCCGUGCCGGUGUACCAUAGGGAACCACCGAGGACCAUGUGAUUAUGCUUAUAUCUUUUGGAAGCCUAUUCUCCAGAGACAUCUAGGAGAGUGCUGUGCCUCCUAAGCUCAGAGCAGCCACUGGGCACAUUCUCACCAAGUCCCACCUGUGGAGGGAUUGACCAUAGGCCACUAGGUGCUGCUUUGCUUAUUAAAUGGCACCCUCAUUCUCAGCUGUCAGUGACUUCAAGAUGCCUCUUCUACCUCUUCCAGGAAGCACAGGCCAGAGAUUGGGAUAGAAGGGGUGGGCAGCGUUGGGGAGAGGGCAGAUUCCCUUAGGUCCUAUGUCUUGAACAGGACGGGGCAGAACCCAGGCUUGCCCUCACGCUCUGUCAUAGCCUCACUCUGGGAAGACCCAUUUUGGCACACUCCCAGCUGUGGUUCUGCCAACUUUUUCAGGCUUCUAGGAACCAUUCCAGCAUAUUGUUCUCUUAGAGCAGAUUCUGGCAUCACGGCAGUAGACUAGAGAGCAUGGUCAUAACCAUGGGCUGGAGCCUGGUGGAGACUGCGGUGAGGGAGGCUUCCUGUGGACUGCCUCAGAUUGACUCGAGCUUUUAAAUUCCACUGGUAUAUGCGUGUGGGCUAAAGAGGCAGUUCUAUUCCUUCCUGUAUUGUGGCCCUUAGGGAGUGGGGCCUUAACUCCUCUACAGAACACAGGUCUGGGGGAGGAUGAACUGGGGUGGAAACCAGCCCCAAGAUGCUAGGACAUAUUGGGGAAAUGGUCACUGUCACCUCUGAGGUACUGCCCACUGGGUCUGGGCACAAUCAUUGGAAUUCCUUGGAACUUGGUUCAAUGCACAUAUGUUGUGAAAGUUACCAGGCUUCAUCACUUUGUAUCCAACCACAUCCAGACCUGAGGCUGCUGACCCUUGACACCUGGAGCCAUUUUAAUGUGCAAUGCCCAAUUGUAUCCUGAGCGAAGAGUCAAGGCCUUAUGGGUAGGGUGGGGGGCAGGGAUGGGAGCCAAUACUGAGUGCCUGCAGCAUCUAAGUCUUCACUAUUCAGAACUUAAAAAUAUUUAAAGAAACUGAUUUUAAAUGCAAAUUAAAGGGCAAAUGUUCUCAAAUGG